CGCACGCGGCAGCUGGCCGGCUAUAAAUCCAUCGCCGCCGGCGCGCUGCACAUCCCUAACCUCCACCAUCCACCGUCAGAGCGCGCAUCGCUACGCCAUGGCGGGUCCUGUCAACAGCGCCGCGAGGAGCGUGGCGGCGGUGGCCGCGCUGCUGCUGCUGCUGGCCGCGUCCGCGGCGGACGCGGCGACCAGCAGCACGGUGGUCGCCGGCAUGGUGUUCUGCGACCAGUGCAGGGACGGCGCCCGCGGCCUCUUCGACUACCCGCUCUACGGGGCGCGGGUGUCCAUCCAGUGCGGCGGCGGCGACACGCCGAUCACGGUGCGGGAGUGCAACACCAACUGGUUCGGCGGCUUCUCCGUGCGCAUGGAGGGGUCGCCGGACAUGAACCGCUGCACGGCGCGCGUCGUCCACGCCACCGGCCACUGCUCCGCCGCCGCCACCGCCGAGCCGCGCGAGCUCACGCUCGCCUUCCGCAUGCUCGGCCUCGCCCUCUACACCGUGCUGCCGCUGCUCUCGCAGCCGGAGCAGCCCAUGGACUUCUGCCCCCGUGCCGGCCUCGUUCCUCCGCACGACCCGGCGGCCGCGGCUGCUACGCCAUCGCCUCCCCUGACGGUGGCGCCGGGCCCGGUGUAUUCCCCGGUGCCGAUCUUCUGGCGCCGCAGGCCGCGGCUCCUGCCUCCCGUCUGGCGCCGCCCGCCGACGGUGCCGCAGCAGCCAGAGCCGGAGGCUAUCCCCUCGCCGCCCGCGCCUUCCUCAAGCGAAACGCCGGCCGAUGGCUCGGGCUCCGGCUCAAGCUCCGGCUCCGCGUGCGCGUACGACCAGUGGACGUUGCCGGAGCACCGGUGCCACUGGAAGGUCGUGACGCCCAACACGACGGUGGCCAUGGCGUUCGGCCCGCUGGCGGCGCAGCGGUACGGGCCGGACAUGACGCUGCGGGAGGCGCUCGACGGCCGCGGCGACCCCUACCGCACGCUGCUCCGGGAGGCCACGGCGGCGCUGCUCAACGCCUACUACAACGCGCCGGGGUCGCCCUUCCUCUACCCCACCACCGCCAGCGUCCUCGACCACCUCAACGGCGCGCUCCUCAGCUCCGCCCAGCGCGUGCUCAUCGAGGGCGCCCGCUUCCGCCGCGCCAACACCGGCGGCGGGGGACCUGCCGGCCGGACCAAGCUGCCAUGCGACUUCACCCCGUGCGCCGCCACCAACACCACCACCACAGGCUGAUCGCCGAUCCACUCCUUUCCACCCACACUGCUUGUUCGUGACGCCAUGAACGUGACGUAAUGAAUGAUUCGAUUACGAUCUUAGUUACUAACUGAAGCUGCAUAUUAUUCAAAUGUUGGAGAGG